GAAAGCAUAGUGGCAGAGUAUUGCAACCACUUUGAUGAACAAAAGGAUCAAUGGAUGCGACUCCUUCGUAUAAGAUCCUGCACCAGGGAACUAACCUCAUCUGGGCCGAGCCAAAGGGAUAGACGCGCAGCGAUGCCACACAUCGUCUUUUCCAACAAACACUGCGUACCCGUUACAUAGUCGUAGGCCAACACCUCUGUGGGAACCUAUCUUCUUAUCGACUCAGUCUCUUCACGAUCGAGAUGGGCGAGUCAGAAGUCCUGGAGCUCUACCGCCUAACGGGUCCUUAGAAGGACAUCUUGGACCAUUGCUUCACCGACGCCCCCGCACCACAUGAGAUAUUACAGACGCAUCAAAAACGUCCGAUGCCGUCCAAACUACGCAAAAUACUCAAUGAGAUGCUCAUUCCAUCAGAAGAGUUGAAACAAGCGAUAUACCGGAGCAUCAGUCGCGCGUGGGACGAGUACGCAACAGGCGGCCAGAGCCCUGGCGCAUUCAUGCGAUCACCGACUGGAGCGCCUUACAAGAUAGUCUUCAUUGAAGGCAAAGGGCGCGGGGUCGAUGAGACUCGCGACAUCAAAGCUGGCGAGAUCAGUUUGCAGGAGUCACCCUUGCUGGUCAUGCCAUACCGCGAGUUUAUGCCUCCAAUCUUGCUCCUCUUGCCCAAAGGAGCCUUGGAAGCCAUCUUGCUCUUGUACAGCGCGCGACCUGAUGAAACGCCAUUCACGGAUGAUAGAGACCACACCCACCACCGGCCCUUAGAUACACUCGUCGAUUGCGUAAACUCUGAUGUGUUCGAUGACGAGGCUUCGUUUAGCAAAACUGGAAUGAUUCUCUUGACCGGAUCGAUGUUCAAUCAUGAAAGCCACCCGAAUGUCAGGAGGCAUUGGGACGAGCAGCUGGAGCAGGAAGUAUUCAAGACCUUCCGAGAUGUGAAGAAAGACGAGGAGUUGACGGUCCGUUACUCCGGCUCUGCAGAGGAUCUGAAGAAGUACGGUAUCUGAUACACAUAGCGACCGUUACAACACUGAGGAGACCGCAUCUGAUUACAUGGUUGCAAAAUACCAAUGUCGACGUGUGCCAUAAAUCACGUCCUUGGUGUGUAAGAAGAGCCGCAGUGCCGAGCGUUGAGAUGAGAAUCAGGGCAUGUUUAAUAAGUGGUAUCUAGAAACUCGAAAUACUAGUACUGCUACUCGUAUUUUUCGGCUUGUGGGGUCCAAACUGGUCCAUCUCCAUUUGCACAAGUGAUUGCUCAUCCUGAUCUGCAUGCCGUAUUUCGAAGGUCUUGGUGUAUGUGAUAGCGUUUGGGUCUCGCGCGCCGUUCGAGACGGCCG